AUGAUACAAUCUGAUAGCCAUACGACGAGCUCACUAAAUAUCUCCAGAGUGUAUCUUUUAGACCAUGAGAUAGCCGCUUCGGCCGAAGCACUUGAUGUCCAGACACAUGCUUUCGAGGUAAUUAGUGAUGAUGAGGAGGAUAUUGAGAUACUAGUCGCCGCUGGAAAGCGGCCUGCAGUUAAUUCUGACGAUGAGGAAGACUCUGAUACCGAUGAAUUUACGGAACCAGAUAAGAAUAGGGCAUCACCCUUACCUAACUUCCCUGAUACGCAGCAUCGUGCAUCCGGUAGAAUACGGAAGAAGUCGAGACUACUGGAUGGGUAUAUAGCUUGA